GCAUGCAUACAUGGGCAUUAGCAUACACUUUCCUUUUUGUAUGCGGAGAAAUGGUCAGAUACAGCAUCUGUAUCUGAUCCAGCGGUUUCUUUACCACCAACAUCUCACAUUUAUAUGAUGUCGACCACAACAGUACAUUCAUCCCUUCCAUCAGCUGCCCAUUGAUUUUGUUGUUGUGGCCCACCCAAUGAGUGAAAGAAAUGGCUAUGGAAGUUCACAUACAACUGCUGUAUCUGAUCUUUUCUCCACUCUGUUGGCGGCAUUCGCCAAACAACCACGGGCUCUGCUUGAGCCCUCAUGGUGGGAUGGCACGAGAUCCUGGCAUUUCACUAGGGUUUGGAAUUGCAAACACCACAAUCAAGGUCAGAUGGAAAAGGAAAAAGCAAACCCGAUGCCGUUCCCAGAGGUUGUGAUCGGAGACCUGGAGUUGUUAGAAAAGAAGAAGGCUGCAAUUCGGAGUGCCGGUCCGAGCAAAUUGCAGGUGAUUGCAGAUUUCGAUGCUACACUAACGAAGUACUGGGUUAACGGACGUCGAGGAAAUUCCAGUCAUGGUCUCUUGCAGCAGGGCAAUCCCAAGUAUGACAGAAAGAGACAGGAAUUAUUUGAAUAUUAUCAUCCAUUGGAAUUCUCACCAACAAUUCCCAUCGAGGAGAAAACAAAGCUCAUGGAAGAGUGGUGGGGGAAAACCCAUGCUCUUCUUAUUGAGGGUGGUCUCACCUAUGAUGCCAUAAAGACAUCUGUGGCUGAUGCUGUGAUUGCUUUUAGAGAGGGCGUAGCUGAACUGUUUGAAUUCUUGGAGGAGAGAGAUGUGCCUGUUCUUAUAUUUUCUGCAGGCCUUGCGGACAUCAUAGAAGAGGUGUUGAGGCAAAAACUUCAUAGAUCUUUUAAAAAUGUUAGGGUUGUAUCAAACCGAAUGGAGUUCGAUGACGGUGGGCAUCUUGUAGCUUUUAAAGGGAAGACAAUCCAUGUCCUGAACAAAAAUGAGCAUGCUCUUGAUAUGGCUGCACCAGUUCAUGACCAAUUAGGAGAUACUGAUGAGCCAAAUGAUGACAAUGCCUCAGUGAAGAUGAGAACUAAUGUGUUACUUCUUGGUGAUCACCUUGGAGAUCUAAGAAUGUCUGAUGGUUUGAACUAUGAGAACCGAAUUGCUGUUGGAUUCCUGAAUGACAACAUAGAGAAGUCUCUUGAAACCUACCGUAAAGCAUUUGAUAUUGUAUAUCUUGAUGAUGCCCCCAUGUCGGGGGUUGUUGACCUCGUCUGCCAGCUUUGUUCAACGGACUAAUGAUCUCUGUUCUUUGGUAUUCCCCGAUUCAAAUUUCUUUGCCUUCUUGACUCGUUGUGCAUAUUCCUAGGCGUUUCUAGAGAAAUUUUUCAAUUUGGUUUUCUAUAUUCUUUCUUCUUUUUCAGAGAAGCUACAAUACUCUGGCAGAGCAUGACUAGGGUAUCCAGAUUUGCGGGUACCCAAGAUACCUUACCCAAUUUGUUGUUCGGGAUUCUGAAAUCAAACCUACUUAAAAAUCAGGUUGGGUUCUUGUCCAUUUUAGACCCAUCUAAUAAUUAGAUCAGGCUAGGUGCCUAA